AUGUCAGCCGAAGAAUGCGUCAAGGUAAGUGCUGCUGAACUUUAUAAUGGACCUUCCACUUGUCAGACCACAAUUCAAACAAGGGCAGUGAGGAAACGACUGCGUAAAUAUCUACCAUUUCUGGACUCACCGAAUUUGGACUUAUUCUUCUCUGAAUCCGCCCUCAGAAACACCGCGACCGUAUUUAAACGUGACAUCUGCGCACAAAAUAAGCUGACGAAUGAGGAACUGCCUCAGCGGUCGAGUGACUCGGUGUCGGAAGUUGCGCUCUGGAAUGGCAAGCGCAGCUGAUGUUCAUAAUGCACCUUCUAUAGGCCGGAUUGCCAUCCGAACGAGGGCAGCCAGGAAACGACUGCGCAAAUGUUUAUCGUGGCCGGACCAGUCGCAUUUUGACUUAACCUUUCCGGCUCUCGCCGUCAACAGUCCCAUCGUCGUAUUUCUCGAUGACAACCGGGUGAAAAAUAAGUUUGCGAUUAGGCAACUUUUAUGGCGGUCGGGUGACUUGGAGACAGAGCAUGCCCCUUGGAAGGUGAGGCCCGUGCAUGGGGAGGGAAUCAAGAGUUUAUUGAAUGAAUUUUUCAGCAAGCCCUUGGCGAAUGUGGUUCCAGUGGAUUUCAGUGCUCAGAGUCACAGCAUGACCUAUUAUCUUGCCAACCUUGGAAGUCGCCAUCCACCCGUACUGCGUCGUCUAACCCUGAGUCUACAUCAUACACGGGAUCUGCCGUUUACGCCAGGCGGUGUGUUUCAUCACUGGACGAUGUGAGUGAACGUUUUGUUGGACGUUUGUAUUACGCUUGUUAUUGUUCAGGAACAGAUCAGCAACCGAAACCGUGUCUGUUCUGACUACGGAAUUGGCGCAUGGAAAUAGGGAAUAG